UGCAAUAAAAAAGUACGAAGGUUUAGGUGUUUUUAUGUGGUAUUUUUGUUUUUAUUGUUAAUUGUUGCGGGCUUGUCUCGAUUGUUGACACCAGAAAUGUCGAAAGAAAAGGAGUGUCUCCGUGAGUUUAUCGAGCUAUAUAAAUCGUUUCCGUGUCUAUGGAAAGUAAAGAGUAAGGAAUACAGUGAUCGAAAUGCAAAAAAUCAACCCUACGAAAUUUUAAUAGAAAAACUGCAGACAUUUAACCCAGAGGCUAACAGAGAGAAUGUUGGGAAAAAAAUUAAUUCGCUACGUACCACAUACAAGAAGGAACUAAAAAAAGUGCUGGACUCCGAGCGAUCAGGUGCAGGAGAAGAGGACAUUUACGUACCCCACUUAUGGUACUAUGAUAUGAUGAAUUUUAUAAGGGAUCAGGAAACUCCCAGAAAUACAAAAUCGAAUAUUGAAGAUAUGCAGUUAAGUUAUCUUGAAGGAUUUAACUCAGUAUCAAAUUGAACUUAAAAGAAUUAUAGAUGAAGGAGAGAAAAAAGGAGAAGAAGAAAUUGACAACGUCAUUUCGCUGCGACAUGGUAUAAAGUAUGAAUAAGUGACAUAAGUGCAUCUUAAACUGGACCAUUAAACAAGUUAGCCGUAUGUUAUUAAAAAUAAAUCAACUAAGAGAAAACAAUAACCGGUACACACGUCCAUUCCGGACGAAAUUCACAUAUAUCACAGACACACCCUCCCGAUUUCCGGUUGGUCGCUUCGAGCCCUUAAGCCGCGCUGCCGAUUAACCGAUCCCGAAUUAAGCGACAAAAGAGUCGCUCAGACAUUUGACAACUUUAAAUUGGUUUUCAUUUAAAUGUAAAUCGCCGGGUCGCAGUCAAAAUAUUAAGCAAUUAUGGUAAUGCCUCCCUGCCUCCCUCCCCGGGCGAACGGCGUAUUAUAUAAAUCUCGGCGUAACUUCAAUUUUCUGGAUGAGCAGCUAAUUUUACACGGUGCUUGGUGUUUAUCCAAGGGUCCUUAAAGAUUAGCUAAGUUUAUAGUUUCGGCCCGUCUUGAAAAAAUUCCGCCAAUUAUCGCUUUAAAUUAAGAUAUCGCUGUAAAAGAAAAGGGAUCAAAAGGGAAAGUCAACAUUUUUUAGUCGUCCAAAGAAGUUCUGUUGGCAUUACAAUUAUUUUUAUCUUUAAAAUGAGAUGGUAGAUUGUGUUUUGCCCUUUUUUCUUUUUAUUUUUAUAUAUUUAUUAUACAUACUUAAACUGAUAUUUAGAAGCUAAUUCCUAGUAAGCACAAAAAUGUCCGCCAAUUAUCGCUGUAAAUUAAGAUAUUGGUGUAUGUAGAAGAGAAGAGAUCAGAAAAAAAAGUCAACAUUUUAUAGCCACCCAGAGAAGUUUUGUUGGCAUUGCAAUCAUUUUUAUCUUUCAAAAUAAGAUGGUAGAUUGUGUUUUGUUGUUCUUCCUCUUUUUUAUUGGACUUUUUUAGAUAUUUGAAACCUAAUUUCCAGUGAGUAAUAUUAGAUAAUUCAAUUAAUAUCGACAAAAAAUUGUAAUCGGUAUAUGAAAAGAGCUUAACGUGAAUGUAUUACAUGAAAAGACAAUGGUAUUAUGGGAAUAGAACAUUUGAAUAAUAUUUUUGGCCUAAACAUCUUCAAUAAAUAGUGUAAAACAUCUUUUUAGGUAAAAAAUUAACUGAAGUACCGCGAUUUUAGUUGAGCCAUAUUUGACAGCACUUAUUUCCAAAAAAAUCAAACUUCUAUCUUUGGUAGCUCAAAAUCUAUUCCAGGUACUUCAAUGAGUUUUUCACUCAAAGUUAAGACGAUUUCUGAGGAAAAGCUAUGAAAAAAAUUAUGUAUUUUUUUAAAGAAUUUAAUAUCAGUAGAUAUUUAUAAAACCUAAAAAUGAAAGAAUUUUAAUUUUUUUUCUAAUAAUAAAAUUAAUACCUACCGUAAAUAUUAUCAAACGGAUGAAACUAAAAAUUUAAAUUUU